UUCAAUUAAUCCUCAAUCUGAUUCACGCGCCCUACUUCCCCCGCGUGCCCUGAACUUUUUUUGCGAUGCCCCACCUUGCGACAUCGGCCAAUCGCCGGCUGGGUAGCGUCAUUGCUGUAAUCGGGAAGCUCGCGUAUCGCAUGGCCCCGCGUUGAGCAGCACCGCACUCAUUGCCUCGUUCAAUUAUCGUGUGAGCAUGUCAGACAUCCAGCAGUUCUUGCUGGAGUAUGACCGCAACAAGCGCGAGGCGAGCCAGGUCGCUCAGAAGAGCGCGACGCGAUUGACCGAUGGCGACUUGAAGCUGUUGAAGCUGAUUGAGGAGCUCGGCGAGUACUUCAACAGCGAGGAUGGCGCGAUUCGGGCCAAGUCCAUGGCCUACCUCGCCGAAGUGCUUGGUUUCGUCCCGCCUAAAGUGCUGUCGUUACAGCAGCGGAACCUACUAUGCGACUUUGUCCUCUCCCGCACCGAAGACGGCGACGGCAUAGGCUCAUGCGCAAAGGCCCUGUUGGCGCUUGAGGAGCGGGGGAAAUGGGAUAGCGAACGGGCGCAGACAAUCAUGGAAACCCUUCUUGCGAACACCAGCCCGCUCCGCCAGUACAAGCAGCAAAGCGAACGAUACCCUGCGCUACUCUUGAUACACGCACUACUGGCAAGAUACAGAGACGCUCUGCGCACCCUGCACGAUUCACAACCCGAUUUCUUGUCGCGCUUCAUUGCCUACUUCGAUGGCGAGAAGGACCCCCGGAAUCUCAUGCUUGUGUUUUCCAUACUGCGCGUACCCAUGACGGAGUGGAACAUCGGCGCGGAUGCGCAGGACCUCUUCGAUGCCGUCUUCAACUACUUCCCUAUCACGUUCAGACCCCCGCCUGACGAUCCAUACGGUAUCACAGCUCAAGACUUGAAAGAUAGACUACGGGAGUGCAUCUCGUCAACCGCGGAUUUUGCGCCCUAUGCGUUUCCGGCCCUGUUGGAUAAAUUGGACUCGACAUCAAUCAACACGAAGCGAGAUGUCCUCCAAACCAUCACUUCCUCUGUCCAGGAAUACGGCCCGCGAACGAUCUCGCUGUACUCGAUUACGCUAUGGGACGCGCUGAAAUUUGAAAUUCUGAACGUACAAGAAGAAGAUCUGGCCGAGGAAGCAUUGAACGGCCUCGCUGCGAUAGCUCAAACGCUGUCCCAUGGCACAAGCGGGCCACUGAACGCAUAUCUUCGUCCUAUCAUCAAAGAAUGCAAUGAGCAUUUGGAGGACGCCCCCACAAAACAAUCCCAGGCCGCAGCUAGAAUCGUGUCCAAGAUUGCCAACGUCUCGCCAGACGUCACCAACCUGCUCCUGGCUGGCAUUCUACCGACGAUGUUCACUCUAUUCCAGUCCGCCGAUAAUAUGGCGAAGCGGAGGGGCUUGCUGGAAGUGUUUGUGCAGCUGAUCAAAGCUAACAUUGACGUGUAUGGCGACUGGCGGGCGACGGGAUCCGCAGGUGCAUCCGCGCCUAAGGGCGCUUUGGCGCAGUUCCGCGAUCAAGCACUGGAAGUCCUACUACACGGCCUGGAGACCUCGCCUGUCAACAACGUAUCGUAUCGAUUAGUGUGCGCAGAUGGCUUGCUCCAAUUAUCGAAAGUCCGAGAGCUUCUGAGCGAGGACGACAUUGGAAAGAUCAUACAACUACUUCACGCCAUUGUCAUACACGAGGAGUCGUUCGGAAAAGAUGAAAUCAAGGAGAGCGCCAUCAACAGCCUUGUGGAGAUUGCUCAUCAGAAACCCCAGGUCGUUAUCGACAAGGCAUUUCCGGCUUUCAUGGCGCAGCUUCCCGACACAGACGAAGGUUCCAGGGGUCAUGUAGCUGUUUUGGAAGCAUUCGCCAAACUGGCCAACGAAGAAGAAGUCUUCGAUACCGUCAUUCUUCGGCUCAAGAACAAAUUUUCAGCCGCAGUUGCGCACAACGCUUCAUCUGGUUACAUCGUGGCUCUCCUGUCUGCAAUUCUCUAUGCGCUCACGAAAGGAUCGAACAAGCUCGAACAGGACUCCAAUACAUUGACCUACUACCAGGACAUUGUACUACCGCUUUUGAGGCGAACUUCAAGUGCAGACGCAUCGCAUCCCGAAGCUUUCAACAACGAAACCACCCUAGACCUUGUUGGCAGAAUCUGCAACAUCGUUGUCCGAUCGCAGCCCUCAGAACAGCAGGAAGCAAUCGCAUCAGAGCUAUACACUCUGUUCAGUGGCACUCCACAGGCCGAACUCCCACCUUUCAACACCAGCGCCCCUCCUGAGGCCCACAAGACUAUGAUUGUAUCGACGCACCUUCUUGCUUCCUUUCGCAAAGAAACCCGAUUGCCCUGCGAGAUCGAGUUUCUGGUCUCUUCACUGGUGAACUACACACAACAUCCCGACCUAUCGAUCCCAGUGCGUUCGGCUUCCCUGCGCCAACUCUCUCUCGUCAUCAACAAGUUCUAUACAGCUACGGCCCUGAAGACAUGCAUGGACCCGCUCAUUGAAGCUCCUUUCGAGAUUUUCCACCCAGAGAAGCUCGAUCCGCCCAGGAUACGCGUCAUCUUCGCAUGUCUCAAGGGAAUCCUCUUGCGCAGCAGUCCCAUCCUGGCUAAACUAUACCCGCAGCUUCUGGACUUCUUGUCGCACCCUAAAUACGGCGCUGCCAUAGCGCACGGAUUCAGCACGCUUCUCCAGCCAGACGACCUCAUUACCAAGCAGAACCACUGCCAGAUAUCUGGGCUGCAUAAACAGAAGUCCUUCGCGCUGCUGGUGCCGAACAUCACGCAAGCGUUCCGUGAUGCGUCUGCGGAGAUGAAACCCAAUUACCUCAUUGCGCUGAGUGGCAUACUGAGGUGGCUGCCUUUCGAUAUCGUCAUUGAGGAGGUCCCAAGCCUUAUCCUCCUGCUUCUCCAGUCGCUCGAUCUCAAGGGCGAGGACUUUGUCAAGGAAGCUGCGAUCGGCACGCUGGCGUCCACGCUUGCGGAGAAGCCAGAGGUCGUGCAGGAACACGCCGGGAGUCUGAUUUCGCGGCUGCUAGCGAAUUCUGUGCUGGACAAGGAGGCGCCGACGCCGGCGAGAGUGCGCGCUGCCGCUUGCCGGUGCCUGAUGCUGGUGCCGGAUAAGUUGAAGCUGGAAAUCGUUUUACCUUACCGGAGACAGGUUUGCAGGAAGUUGAUUGCUGCGUUGGACGAUGCGAAGAGAGAGGUUAGAAGCGCGGCUGUGAAGUGCCGGGCGAGGUGGCUGGAGGUGGAUGAGGCAGGGGAUGACGACUGAGUGAUGGACGUUAUAAUCUGAAGAGGAGUAAUGGAGUGGUAGAGAAUCGAAUCGUAAAUAUGGUC